AUGUUUAAAUUAAUUCAAAGAGCAUGCUUCAGAUAUGCAGUUGCUGGUAGCAAGGCUGAAGCUGAAAUAACAUCAGUACCAGGUAUAGAGUAUUGAAAGGUCUAGGACAUAAGCCACCCUCUUUCGAAGAUACUGUAUAAGGUAAAUAUGCUGGUGUGCUUUUCUCAACUGCAUCUUAAAGGGAAGCUCUUCAUUUGGUGCUUUAGGAUAUGAAAUACUUCAAAGAAUUAGCUGAAAAGAGUCCAGUAUUUGCAGGCUUCCUAUUAAACUCUGCAUAUAAAAGAAAUCAAUAAAGAAAUGUAUUAUAAACAUUAACAAAAGUAAAGAGAUUUUGAUAUAAGUGUAGGAAGGAUUUCAUGAGGUCACAAUAAAUUUAUUAAAUACUAUGAUUGAUAGUCAAAGAAUUUCAUAUUUAACUAAAACAGCUGAGAAAUAUAUUGAAUAUUAUAGAAUCUUUAACAAAGAAGAAAAUAUUACAAUAAUAUCAGCAGAAACAUUAUCUGAAGAAUAAAGGUAUAACAAUAUAGAAAAAUGAUUUAGAUCCCAAGUUGUUGGAGCCUUAAAGGAAUCUAACCCUAAUGUUUAAUUCUCUGUAUAAUAUAAAGUUGACCCAUCAAUUUUGGGAGGUUUAUAAAUGUAUUCUGGCAACAAAUUCUUGGAUUGCUCAUUGUUGUCAAGAGUUAAUAGAUUGAGAUCAGAGUUGUUGAAGUUGAGCAUUUGAUU